AUGAGUAAUAAGGAAUCUGAAUAUAGAUCCAGAUCAUGUAUUUUCAGAUUGCUUGGAAGAGCAUCUGGAGAUGAGCCAAAAAGAUUUUCAAAUUUUCUACUCGUCAGUGAAAAUACAGAUUCAAGGCUACACACUGAUCCUGCCUCUGCAGGAUCUUUCCAACUACUAGGAGAUGUUCUCACCAGGUUCAGUGAUCACUGUACAAAUACAAUAACAGAAACCAGUUCUAUACAUAAACAAGAAAUUCAGGUUCUCUGGACUGCUCCUUCCGAAGGGAAUGGUUGUAUCAGUUUUAAGGCCAUGGUUGUAGUCAACAGAACUACCUGGUCAAUGGAUAAUGGCGGACUAAAUCUUGAAGUUUGUGAAAAACUAAAUGAAGAAGAAGAAGAAAAUUUCAUCCUAGAUGACUGCUGCGCGUGUUCCGAGGCAAAAUAUGAAGUAAUGUUCGAGGGUUUGUGGUCCAAGGAAACACAUCCUAAAGAUUUCCCGCUCUCUGAGUGGCUACUCCAUUUUUCUGACGUCAUUGGGGCUUCUCAUAGUAUAGAUUACAGGGUGUGGGAGGCUGGUGGUUUGGCAAGUAAAGGACUCACCCAAGUUGCAAAAUGGGGAUCUCCUAGAGUUCUUGAGAGUGAACUAAAGGCUAAAAGUUCUCAUAUAAGAACGAUAAUAAAAUCGCGUGGUCUCUGGUUCCCGAAUGUAAACGGAAAAACGUUCGCAAUUCUUAGAACAGACUCUAGAAAUCAUCUAGUUAGCCUAGUUAGUAUGUUGGGCCCCUCUCCAGACUGGAUUGUAGGAGUUUCAGCACUAGAGAUGUGUCAAAUCAACUGUACAUGGAUAGAUAAUAAGGUAUGUACAUAUCAUGGGGAGCCAGACACUCACAGUAGUCUUGCUGGAUGUGAGGUUGGGCCCUGGAGUCCCUGGUCUGGUUGCUCUGUAACCUGUGGGAAGGGAAUAUCAAGUAGACAAAGAAACUAUGCUGAUAUUUUCAGUGCUCGACAAAAGAGCUGUAAUGAACAGCUGAUACAAAGAGAAAUGUGCUCUUCUGAAGUAUCUCAAUGUGACGGAGACAGUAACUUCUACUCGAGUGCUCCAGUGGACUGGAUACCAGAUGAUAUGUGUGGAACUACGGAGUGGAGCGGCUGGUCAGAGUGCUCAGCUACUUGUGGUCUAGGCUUCAGGAUCCGGACCAGAAGAUUCUUUAACCGGAUGGGGAGGAAGCAGUGUCCUCAUGUAGAAACUGUUAUGAAAGAGGAGUGUGGAGGGAGUCAGAAUGAAUGUCUGGCCGGUCAGAUCGAGUGGAUUGACCCGUCCUGUGCUGUUACAGAGUGGAGCCUUUGGUCACCCUGUAGUGUCAGCUGUGGCAGUGGUAUUAAGGUCCGGACUCGACUGUACAAGGUGACCCGUGAGGAUCAGCUGAGAGCUGGCUGUGCUGUACAACUCAUGCAGAAGGGUACGUGCUCCAGGAAAAGAGAGGGAUGUGACUGGGGUGACUCUGAUGACAUCUGUGAACAAGAAAUGGAAGUUGGUCCCUGCAGAGGAUAUUUUCUUAGAUGGUAUUACGAGAGCAGUACACAAACAUGUAAACAGUUUACUUUUGGUGGAUGCAGAGGGAAUUCAAACAACUUUCUUCGCCUAGAAGACUGUGAGAAGGUUUGCUUGAAAACAAGAAAAGAUGGGAAGAAUGACCCUCUUGUAAUAUCGAGAAAUCUGUUGACGGACACCUCCUUCAUGGCCGCCCUGGACGUGUUGGCUAAGAGUAGAAAGCAGGAGAGUGCGGAGGGGAUGAAUGAGGUCUUUAAGGAGAUAGAAGAGCAAAGACAGGCUGUAUUAGACCUGGAGAAUGAAGAAAGGAAUCUGGGAAUAUUUUUUAAUAAACGAGGUCAGCUAGAGGCAGCUCAACAGAAGCUUAUGAUGAUGGAGAAACAGGUGAUGAAAAAGAAGCAAAUGGAAAUGUUUCAACAAAAGCAGAGAAUGAUGGAGAAAAGGGUAGAAACUAGUCCGUAUGACAGAGAGUUUUCCGACCCCCCGGCUUUAUCCUAUGAGUACCCUGAUCUAGCAACACUAAACGCCCCUUCAGACUUACACGUGAAGUACGCUGACGCCCCUGAGUACAAUGACCCCCCUGGGAUGUCGAUGAAGCCUGGAUUUGGUCCAACAUUGGUUUCUAAUACAUCUGUUACUUCCCAGGAUUGUGAGCUAACCUCAUGGUCUCCCUGGUCUUCACAAUGCAGUACAACAUGUGGCAGGGGGUUCAGACACAGAUUCCGGCAAGUUUCUCGCCCCGCCAUCGGCGCCGGUCGAUCUUGUAGCCGAAAACUUGAACGGAAGAAGAGAUGUGAUCUACCUGCCUGUCCACAGCCUUGUAUACCACAACCCUGGGGUUCCUGGGGACCAUGUUCUCGUACAUGUGGUACAGCUGGGGUUCAGCUCAGAUAUAGGAAGGGUGUAUCUGCCGUGAAAGUACAAUAUUAUGUUCAGGGUGUAUCUGCCGUGACAGUACAAUAUUAUGUUCAGGGUGUAUCUGCCGUGACAGUACAAUAUUAUGUUCAAGGUGUAUCUGCCGUGACAAUACAAUGUUAUGUUUAGGGUGUAUCUGCCCUG